UUAAUAAUAAAUUUGUUUGUGUGACAGUUAUGAUGCCUUUAUGGUUGUUUACAUUGGGCCGCAAUAUUUUCGAGGGCACCACCACUUCUGUUCCCUUACAUAAUAUAUUUGGAUCGUUGGGAUCGAUGACCAUAUUUUUAGGCCUGGGAUUACUUUUACAGAAGUAUAUCCCAAGAAUGGCUAAUAUUUGUCGCCGAAUAUUAGCGCCCGUAUCGAUAGCAAUGAUAAUAUUUAUAAUAAUUUUUGGCACUUAUGCUAAUUUAUAUAUGUUUCGUAUGAUGUCAUGGCGUAUAUUAUUAGCCGCUUCUAUCAACGUUUGGUCUGGCUUUUUGGUGGGACUCAUAGCGGCCACUGUUUUUCGGCAGUCAUUUGCCGAUCAAAUAGCGAUCGCCAUCGAGACGGGCGUUCAGAACACAGGGGUUGCCAUUGUAUUGCUCGGCCUAUCGCUGCCACAACCGGACGCAGACCUGGCGUCAGUGGUGCCGGUGGCCGCCUCUGUCAUGACACCCAUUCCUCUCACCAUUGUUUACAUAAUU